AUGUCUCUCGAAAAUCGACCGCGACUUCCCCGCAUACCCCUUAGCAAGCGAAAUCGGGCUGUCGUGCGGGCUCUUAACCCAAUGCUGGUGACCUAUUUGGAAGCCAGCCGGGACCUUUGCGAGACGGAUUCAAUUCUUUUUGGCGCCGCACUGGCAGUAUGCCGUAUUAUUGGCGCCAAACUUCCCGUGGCUGGACGUGCUACUCAAAAAAGUAGCGCCAUCCCAGCCUGGAGAAAAAGAAUUGAGGAACGUAUCGCAAAGGCAAGGGCCCUUAUCGGCAGACUUACAAACUUCAGGUCGGGUAAUAAUAGACCGAGGAUUAUGCGCACCGUUAGGAUGGCGUUUGCUGGGACAAAUAUCAGUUUGUUCCAACCGGAUAUCACGCAAAAACUAACGGAGCGCAUAGAUGACCUGAAGCAAAAAAUCGCUGCUUGGGGGAAGCGGAUUCGACGAUUUAGCGAGAGGUCAAGGCGGUUCAACCAGAAUCGUCUCUUCCAGAGUGAUCAGAAGAGGCUCUAUAAAUCAUUGGAGCGACCAGAGAUAUGUGGAGCGGGCCCAAGACCGGAUCAGGCAGACACUGUCGCAUUUUGGCGUGGCCUGUGGUCAGAGCCCGUAAACCACAGCGAGGGCCCUUGGAUGAAAGUUGUGGCGAGCCAGAGUGCAAGUGUUACGCCUAUGGACCCUGUCACCACAACGCCUGAAGACGUGGCUGUGGCGGUCCGUAGGGCCCCGAACUGGAAAAGUCCGGGGCUCGACGGGCUGCAUCAUUACUGGCUGAAGGGGUUCGUAGUGUGUCACGCUGUGCUCGCCCGACAGUUUCAAGAGGCUCUCGAUCAGAAGUCGCUCCCGAGCCUCUUCACUACUGGGAUCACUCAUUUGGUUCCUAAAGAUCAGGAUACCACAGACCCGAGCAAAUACCGCCCCAUCACGUUGACAGAAGUAAAUAUAGCAAUAUUCAGACUAUUAAGUCUUAGUUAUCGCGGUCGAGAUGGAAGCAGGGAACUUAAAUAA